AUGAAUUUUGAAAAUUCCGAUGAUAAUAAUGUGUCAGUCGAAUUCGACUUCAGGGGGGAUGCAGCACCGACAGCCAUGGAACCCUAUUGUGAUGAUGUGAUAAGCGAUUGGCAACAAAGUAUAAUAAACGAGCUGAGAAUAAAUCUUUGUCGUGAGGAUUUUAUAUACCUAAAUAACCAUAAAGAAGUAGAAGCGAUAGUGUCUCUCUUGCUCAAUGACAUCUUAAAAAAAUCACCGAAGAAUCCAUACGUACACGCUGCCAGUUACUUGAAAAAUCCACAGACUGCGAAACUUGUGGCUAACUUCAAAAGGUUCGAAGAUCUUCAGUUUGAGGACAUUUUUAAAAAGGAUUGUCAACAAUAUGCGACAGCGGCAACGGCAGCGACAAUAGCAGCUGAUAUUGAACAAGUCGAGUCAACGGUCAGUAUUUACGAACAAACCGAGGUUUUGGAAAAUGACGAGACAGAUACGAUGGCGGAAAAAUCUAACUUAUUGGCAUGGGAUGUGCUGGCGGAAGAAGAAACAGAUAAUAUGACGGUUUCCCAAAAAGAGUGA